CGUCUACCUCCCGGUCCAGCCUGAUCCUCCCGCGCGAGUCGGGGCCGCGUGAGUCCAACGACGUCUAGCGGCCGGGGCCUGCGCGCCUAUGUGCGUGUGCACGUAAGUGCGUGUGUGCGGAACUGCUUGGCUGCGUGCCUACGGGCUUGCGCACGAGCCUUCUGCGUACCCCCGUGGGCGCGUAAGGACGUACGUGGGUUCGAGCCGGCGUACGCCACGCAAAGACAGGACGCCGGCGUCUGUGCGAGCCUAUCAGGUGAAGAAGCCCAGAGAAGUGGAAUAGCGUUUCCUCCUCAGGCCACAAAGCAGUUCCGUGUUUCCGCAGGCCCGGUGAGGCCCGGGAGCUGGAGGGCCAUGCAGUUCGGCUGCCUCUCCUUCCGGCAGCCUUACGCAGGUUUCGUGCUGAAUGGCGUGAAGACGGUGGAGACACGUUGGCGUCCAGUGCUGAGCGGCCACCGGAACCGGACCAUCGCCAUCCACAUCGCUCACCGUGACUGGGACGGCACCACGUGGAGGGAGCUGCUGCUGCAGAGGCUCGGCAUGACCCCCGCGCAGAUUCAGGCCCUGCUUCGGGAAGGGGAAAAGUACGGCCGCGGCGUGAUAGCUGGGCUCGUCGAUGUUGGGGAUACCUUGCCGUGCCCGGCGGACUUAGCUCCUGAGGAGCUGCUGGAACUGGAAACUCAAGCUGUACUGACCGGCCUGGAGCAGAAGUACCUCACCGCACUCUCAAACCCUAGGUGGUUGCUGGAGCCCAUCCCCGGGAAAGGUGGAAAGGAUGUCUUCCAGGUAGACAUCCCAGAGCGCCUGAUCCCCUCGGGGCAGGAGGCCUGAGGCCUUUGCAAGGGUACGGAGCCAGCAGUGGGAUGCGGACCAUCACCACCCUUGGCGCUGCAGACACGGGAAGCGGUCAGGUCUGGCAGUGCCACCGUGCGCUGUUCAUGGAAACAGGUGUGUCCACACACGCAUGGGGGACAGGUCGGCAGACUUGCCUUGUGAGGUGCUUGCCUGGGAUCCUCGCCAGUCUCAAGGGCUUCGACCCUCAGGAGGAAGGGAGAACCGCCCUGACGGCUUUUGCGCUGCCGCUCAUUUGGGCCCUGCUGAUUUCUUCGGCGUACAAAGAAUUACGUCUCAAGACACCCAGUUGGUGUGUCCCCCAUCUUUGUUCUGGUCAAAGUCUGGGAAUGUUGGAACAGCAUCCGGGGGAUGUUGUGGGAAGGCUGGGAGCGGGCACUCAAGGAAGGCCCGGGAGUGGCCAGCCACAGACGCCCCCUGUUGACAAAGACGAGGACGUCAGACUGAGAAACGGCACCUGUCUUUCCUCGCAAGGGACUCUUGCUGUGUUGACAACACGUCCCAUCCCAUGGCCCCUGAUGUAUGCAUGUUAGACUCAUCGCGUGGCUACUUUGUAUGCAAAGAAAGGAUCCUCAAUACAGCACUGAUGGAAAAGUGA